ACGGAGCGGGAAAAACCGGAACCGGGGCCCGGGGAGCCGCCGGCAGCCCCGGGAUGAGGCGGCGGCGCGGGGGCGGAGCGGCCCCGGCCGAGGCCUGCGGGGUCUGGCUGGACACGGCCGAGCUGAAGCGGGGCCGGGCGCCGGUGGGAGCUGUGCCCCAGCGCUGGCAGAGGGGCACCGUUGGGUUUAUUUUUAUUUUGAUAUUUUUCACGUGUUUCUCCCCGCAGCCCCUCGCACUCAGGGCACCCAGCCGAGCUGCAGGGAGGAAGCAGAGCCUGGGGCUGCUCCCACAGCCGGGCAGCAGGGAAAGCAGCAUCCCCAGGCAAAGCUCCAUCCCCUGGCAAAGCUCCAUCCCCUGGCAAAGCUCCAUCCUCAGCUUCUUCAGCCCCCAGCCAGAUGAGAGAGACAAAGAGAACCGCAGGCCCGCUCCCUGCCAGGACUCCAGGGUGAAGAUCCUGCCCCUGCCACAGCUGGAGGGAGCCCAGGAAGAGCCUCCCGGGGCAGGGCAGGGGCUGCAGGGCACAGCCCGGGCAGGACCAGCAGCCCUGGAGCCCCCGGUCGGGUCUGAGAGGCUCAGCAGAGCCUCCCCCGGGGCGCGGGGGGGUUCCCGGCGCUGGGGCAGGGACGAACCCUGGGUGUCCCCUGCGGGAACGGCCCCAGCGGGCAGGAGAGCCGUGCCCUGCAGCAGGGCUGGGGCUGGGGACACAAAGCCGGCCCCAGGGGCUGCUCCCAGCGCCGUUUGCUGCUCCCCACAGAGCCCGGGCCCGGCACAGCCCCUGCGGGAGCGGGGCCAGGUCCCGGCGGGGCCCUGCAGGGGGAGCCAGGGCUGCCAGGGGAGGGACAGCGACAGGGGCAGGGACAGCGACAGGCCCAGCCCCCCGCAGCCCCCCGAGCUGGGCUCUGAGCCCCUGUUCACGCAGGACUCAGAAGGGAACAGGGUCAUCAAGCACUGGUGAGAGCCCAGCCCGGCUCUGUGGUGCUCACAGAGGGGAGGGAACCCCUUGGUGCAGCCCCCAGCUCCUGUUUGUUCUCUGAGCUCCUGUUUGUUCUCGUGGAUGCUGCUUUAAUCCAAAUAAAAGUUGCAGU